CUGGGUCGGCGGAACGCGUGCGGUCCCUUGGCCCGCAAUGCAUGGCAGCGCGGCCUCCGCGCACGACGUCCCGCCGACGCCCGCCGCGCCAGCGCGCCCCGCACGAUGCCCAGCCCCAACGCCCACGCGAUCCCGGCCACGCCCACUGGAGAGUCCGGUCGGGCUGCAGCGGACCGCAGCUGAGAACCCCUGCACCAUGAAGCCACGGAGGGCCCUGCUUCAACCAACAACAUGGGUAAUGGCAUGAACAAGGUGCUGCCGGGGGUGUACAUCGGCAACUUCCGAGACUCCAAGGACCCCGAGCAGCUCCAGGCCAACAACAUCACGCACAUCAUAUCCAUCCAUGACACGGCCAGGAAGCUGCACGAGGACAAAGAAUAUCUCUGCAUCCAGGCGUCAGACACCCCCGGCCAGAACCUGUCGCAGUUCUUUUCCCAGUCCAAUGACUUCAUCCACCACGCUCGAAUGGAAGGCGGCAACGUCCUCAUCCACUGCCUCGCAGGGGUGUCUCGCAGCGUGACGAUCGCCGUGGCCUACGUGAUGUCCGUGACCAGCCUCAACUGGCGUGAGGCACUCAAGGCCGUGCGUGGAGCCCGGAGUAUCGCGAACCCGAACUUCGGGUUCCAGAAACAACUGCACGAGUACGAGUGCAGGAAACUGUACGAGGAACGCAAGAGGCUACGGCAGAAGUUCCCGCGCGAGAGCUUCUGCGAAGACGAGCAGGAGUGCCGCAAGCUGCUCGCGGCCUACCACAACUCGGUGCGGCCCCUGGAGCCCAGCCCGAGCAUCUGCCGGCGUUCGGGCACCCAGGGCUUGACGCCGCCCUCGUCGCCCCGCAGGCGCCGCCACCGCAGCCCGUCUCCGUCGGCCGGCCCCUCAACGAGCUACGCCAGGCCGCCCUGAGAGCGGCCCGGACACCCGACGGGUGGUUGCAGCUCGCCGGGCCAGCCUGGCUCGCACGGGUGGCCACGCUCCCUCGCCUGCACCUUUGACCCGCGUCAUACAUUGCUACUACCCGCUAGGAAGUCGGUCUCGCCCCAAUAUGGCGGCGCAGCGGGCUCAGUGUGUGUGCCGGAGGACCCAUUGAGCGAAACUGAUGCCUUCUCUGUUCAUGCCCACGCCGAAAUCGCGAGUCGCCAAGCUGCUCGUCCGACCAAGAAAAAAAGAAAAGAAACUGAGGCUAUUUAGCGUUCAAGCUCUGGCUAACAAAGUUACGCACGAAAUCGUUUUGAGAUAAAUUAAGUGUAAGAUGAUAAUGAACAAACGAGUAGCGUCGGACGACAAGCGAAGGCCACUUCUUUUUCAUUUCACUGUGGCAACGUUUCAAUUUUAUCGAACUACUGGCGAAAUCGAAACCCUCGGAAAACGCGGCGUGCUCACCCUUUCUUUUUCUUCCUUGAUAUGAGGAAGGAAUUCACAUAUGCUUUGGCUAAAACAAACAGAAAGCGCGAUAACUGCGUAAUUUAGAACAUCAUAUUUUUGUAGUAUAUAGCAUGACACUUGAUAGCAGUGACGAUAGAAACAGCUGUCUGUUUGUAUUGCCAUUUCCUUGCUAAAAGCGCUCCAAGCAGGUCGCUUUCUUUAUUUUAUUGUGCGAGCAUGAUAUGGUUGUCUCCCUCUUGAUUCUAUUCUAUUCUGUAAGCAACAUGGUUAGUCUGCAGGGGUAAUACAGCUGUCGUAGGUCACGGAAUGUCGAUCAAAAAUAGCGUGUUUGACACGGUGUUGAUCAAUGCGAAUUGUGAAUGUAGGAACCGAAAAAUCAGUGCUCAAAACAACAACGAAUGACGUGGAGAGGUUAGCGUCUUGUACAUCCUACAAGUACAUCCUACAAGUACAUCCUACAAGACGCAGGGACGUUGGUUCAAAGUUUUAUUUAGUGCUGUUUCAAGUUCCCCCUAGUUGUCAGUGGUUGUUGUGAAAACAUAGCAGGCGUACUAGCAAUGUAGCUUGUUUCAACGAUGACCAUCGUUUUGAAAUAGAUCGCAAAGAGUGUUCUCAUGGCAGGCAUAAGGAUAUCAAAAAAGGUGCUUAGCAUACCUCACCUGCUUGAAAGAGACGCUUGUUGUUGCUAGGAGAGCAAACAUAUGUGUUGUGACAUUUUCCACUGACUAGCUCACGCCGUUCAUGGGAGUUCGGUUGAUGUCAAAUCUUGUGGUGCCUUUCUUGUUGGAGACUGCCUCAGUGUUGUUGGUUCGUUUAUUGGCAGUUACCGCUGAGUUGUAUGAUGUUAAGACAUGUUCAAGCGAUCGUGCGUGAAGGGUGUCGCAAGGUAGGUUGACACCCAUUUCGGUGCACGGUCAAAGGCACUUUGGGCUGCGCACGUACUACAACAACCGUCCAUACCUUAUCGCGCGUAUCCCUCCUUGAAGCUAGAAGAGGCAAGUGACAGGGAUAGGCUUUGUGCUCAGCCGUGGGAAUGGACAAGAGGUUGGCGAAAAUGCAGUCACAUCAAAUGCGAGCGCACAGCCACAGGAUUACAAGUGCCGGAAAUUCGAUUGGACAAGAUUAAUGAGACACCACGUAAAGCACCAUGACAUGACAUAUAACGUUAUACGGCUGCAGCCAGAAAAGAAAAGAAACGAAGUUCAUAUAUUUAAUAAUACAAGAAAUGACAUCAAGAGUGGUAAAAACAGUCGUGCGUAACGCCACUAAGUGUACGACUGCUCGUCAGCACUCGCUCUAACUUUACUAAUUGUACAUUUUACGAUGAUUGAAACAUGAAAUCUACAGGCCCCCGCGAAGCUAACGCACUCACUUUCCUAGAGCCUGGAAAAAUCGCGUGAUCUGUUGGCGGUUUGCCCAUCAUUAGGAUGAAAUCAUUGUGUCAUGCAGUGGUCUAAGCAAUUGUGCGAGGUCUAGACUUGAAUCCAAUUCUGCUCGCUGGGACUGCGGUACCUGACAACCUCUUGACCUACUCUCGUGUCUGAGAUUUGUGUGUGCAAGGUCCAACGAGUGUAUUUGUUUGUAUGUGUUUUGUCCUAAAAAAAAAACGAGCGUAGAGAAGCCGAAUGAUCGAGAGAAAUGCGAAGAGUGAGGGCCGUUCUUUACCUGAAAAAGGAAAACGUUCACCUCAGCAAAAUGCUGUCCUGUCUUGUCGCUGCGACGGUGUGUCUCAAAGAGGAUUUGUUCGGUUGCACUCGCUCCGGGCUGCUAUCGCAAACUACCGCUCGGUUAGGACUACAUACCUACGGCAACGUGGCAGUUGGUCGAACACGCGAAGGACUUUGUUUUAUCAUUGUUAUUAUUUUGCCAGCCGCUAUAGGUCGGCCGAGUCCCGAUAGAUAAACAAAACACAUCCAUCGAACACUUCUCUAUGGUUUUAUGCGUUCCCUAUAUACUCUAAACACACGAGUCCCCUCCAAACGCUCAUCUGUACCUACCGCUCGUAACUUUUCAACGAACCUGUUGUAAUAUCAAGAUGACACGCACAAUUUAGAGCGUAGAGCUUUCUUGCCGAUAUCACUUGAGAAUAUAUGACACAUACGACGCUUGUUCCAUCCUUAUGUCAACUAUCCUUCAAAUAAAAAAGGUCCCUCGACUAGCGUUUGCUGAGACACGUAUGAUCGGAAAGCAAGUUGUUUACGUGGGUUUUCGUAAGCCGCGCGAAAGAUGUGUAAGCCCACUCACGCGACUUUUUCACACGACCAAGAUUUCCGUAACGUUCGGACCCCCCGAACACUCGACGAGCGGCUUGGCGAAGUUGACGCCGAAGUCAGUACAGCAAUGGCCAAACAGGCGUACUCAAGGUCUCACAAGAAAAGGAAAGAAUUUAUUCAGGGGCCUCGCAAAACGCGGGCUUCGAAGAUUUCAUUGUAGUCCGUACAAGUUGGUCUGACACCAGAUCCAAUUCGUGCAGCAAUUUCCGUCAGAGAAAUUUAGAGCCAAGAGAGCUUUUUGACCGUUUAUCCUGUUUGCUAAGAAACAGUGACCCAGCCCGCCGACACGCAAUUUUAUUAACAUACUCUCGCACGGAAAGAAAGAAAGAAAACGACGCAAUAUUGUGCGUUUGAAGUCGAGGGACGGAAAAUUGCUUGCUAAACGCGCAGACGAGUACAAGCCACAAUUUCGCCGCCCUUAUGAUAGCGCGACGUUUUUCAUGUAACAAAUCAGCAGCGCUACGAAACUGAACCGACAUGUGAGACGCUCUCGCAACGUUCAGGACGGACAGGCUUUAUUUAGCUGAGUCAGAGACAUGCACGUUGCAGAGGUGAAAGACGGCCGAUUGCUCCAAACGCACCAACUCGACCUGUUUGCUGUUUUUGUUGUAGUUGAAUCCGCUUUUUCCUUUAUUUCUUUUCCUCUGUCAACCCUCAGCAUCUCACUACGUGCUCAGUGCAGGCAGGCGUCGAAUUCAGGCUCGAGAAUUGUCCUAGAAUAAGCUGUCCGGCGUCAGAGUGUAGCAUUACACGUUUGUCGCUGUACAGAGAAAUUAAAAAAAAAAGAAAGAUACGAUCAUAAAUACAUAGACGCUAAAGCUGGCCAAGCAAGCACUCUAACGCAAGCAAGUUAACUCGUUCAGAGAUGUAGGAUUUGCUGUGCCUUUUUUGAAUAUAACAAAGUCAUUCCUGCACUGUAAAUAACACGUUUUUAUAGCAGCAGUUUCCCUAAACUUUUUGACUACAGCACCACCAGUCCAUAUAUAAAUAUAUAAAGAUAUAUAUUAUGUAUAGAAUAACUUCUAUAGAAACAGAGACCAUUUGCUCAUUUUAUCACUUCUGCUUCAGCAGACCUAUACUCUCUAGCAAUAUUAUCCUAGGGGUUAGUGAACAGUCCUACGUGCACUCUCUAGGCACGUACGUCCUGUAGCUUUCUGGCGGCGUCUAUUAUUCGCCGCUUUCACCAGUUUACUCCUGAUCACCGUUUCAUUCCCUCCGCGCUACGCACAGCCUCUAGACGCUGAUGUCUAUGACCAGUCCUCCGCACUGCGACCUCGAGAAUAGAGUUCGCGCGCGCGAGUAGAUCAUAGCCGCUUGUCUGUAUGUACUCUAGCUACUUUACUUCCCGAGAAAGAACUCGGAGGUCCCCAGAAGUCCCCUAGAUUACCCUUCGGGAGCCCGACGGCGCUUCACGCGAAAGACGACGGUAGCCACGCUCUCCAUGUUAAGAUUAUCGAGAGAGAGAGAGAGACAGCCCCUGGAGUGCAGCUGACACGCUUCGAGUGAAGCCGGAGGUAACAUUUCACCAUGGACAUUAGAGCAGUCGCGUCCAGCAGGAGGAGUGUCAGGAGAAGCAGCUGCUGGGGCUGCCACUUUAGGAAUCCUCUUUAUGACCUCGUCGAGCUCGGCUGGGAGUGCGCGUGUUGCCAAGCUGCAAAUCGACCCAACUGGCACGCGUGAGCGCUUCUUUCGCGGCCUUCUGUUCAAAAUUCAUAGAGAAAAAAAUAUAUAUCGAAUCUGGUGCAGAGUUCGCAAAGCUUUUCGUUCGUAAGAACAGUUUGUCAGUGCACCGCCGUCACUGAUAAUGCGUUCCCAAUCACGAUAGUCUGGCCCAUGUUCUUACCGACCACUCUAUGGCGUAUACGAAUUGUUUCUUGAAUACGAGUCCUGAUGGGGGGCUGCAGCCAAGGCAGCGCGCAUCUGAGCCGCAACAGAAACAACUCAGCUGGCUUGAGCACCCGCAAUUCUGCCUUCAGACUCGCGCAACUGACGUCAUAAUUUCCUGCAAAGCCAUUUGAAGCGGCCGUUUCAAGUUUAAGGCAAAUCAAUCAACGGCAGCAGAACGCACGUGAAAGUUGUCAGGCGCAAGACUAUAAUCAGAGUCCUUCAAUACCCCUACUAUAACUAUACUGACAUAGCUAAACAGAGAGAGAGGGGGAUACAUAAGAAAGGGGAAAGGCAGGGAGGUUAAACAGAGGGGAGCGGACAUAGCUAAAAAAAAAAGCAAACUGCAGCUAUACGGAAUAUUGCGGCACUGCGAUUUAAUGAUCUCUGAUGACGGUGUAGAUUUGUUUCUUUUUCUUUUUUCUUUUUCUUUUUCCGAGCUUUGCAUUCCGAAAAAAAAGGCAGCAACUAAACCGCGAGAGCAUUCGCGCGUGUGUAAGGGUCGAAAAACAAGGGAAGAGGCCGUCGUCGGGCUAUCACAGACCGAAGCGAGAGACUUGCAGCGCUGCUUUAGACAUCGUCUUCUCACUGCUGCCACUUUUAAGCUCGGGUACUAAAUGUGAUAUACAUUUCCAGCGCGCUAUAGCCCCCGAAGGCGCUAAUUGUGAUUGAAACACCGCGUUCGUGUUUAUUCUGGUUGUGCAGAGCACUGAGCUUAUGCUCGCGCGGGCUGUGAAUUGUACAUACUUUCCAAGCCCGUGAGCUGACCUCUUGACUCAUGUGGCGUCAUCGUGAGCAGGCACGCGGAAACUUGCAUCACCCUUUCCUUUCUAAAGCUCUUAACAAUGAAAGCAUCUGGCACUCCCGUUUCUCGUUCGUUUAGGCUACCAGUGUACAAAGUUCUGCAGCACACUGAUCAAUUUCGACGCGACGAAGUCUAAAGAUUGCUAGUCACUGCUCGCCUCCUAUUUGACAAGGCGCGUCCAUGAUCAGCUGAACGCCUAGCCAGGUGGCAUUUUGUACAAAGGGUUUUCUUUGCCGUACUGCAUGAGGUGGUUAAUAACGUACAGCGAAAUUUGCGUUCUUGCCUUACGAACUCUAUUUGCUCAUAGCCACAACAGUUAAAUAAAAAAAAAAAAAACAAGAUAGCCAUGGAGCAUAUAUCGUACGUCUUGUCGCUUAAUAAGUGCGGCAGCUUAUCUGUCCAUAUUUUGACGCUCGCGCGUCUAGCACGCAGACAAAGUUUCGUAUUUAUUUAUUUAUGUGCCCUUCUCUUAUACUAUAUUUUGGGGUAGUGAAUUGUGAGACAUGUUUCUCGUUCCGGCGAAGAGGCUGAGCUGGACGCUUCCAAAGAGCAGAUUAAUAACACAAAAGUGAACAAUUUGGAUUAACCGCGAGGUUGAGAAAGAAACUUAAGCCUAUAACGUGAUUCGGCACCAAUAUCAAAACAUUUCCUGCUCAAUUGAGAUAUGUCUGAAAUACGCCUACAAGAAUCGUUAGGAUGCAGUUAUGUUAUGCAGAAAACACAGCAUACGUACCUGCUUACUACGACUUCUGUGGAAUAUGGGCGCAUGUCGUUACGUUUUCUUGUCAGUAUUAACAUAUCUUACACCACAAAGCGAACGCCUGUCUCUCGAUCUUCGUGAUUUCUUGUUGCGAACAGAAGAUAUCUCAUGCACCUCCACCCAGCAACAGUUUCCAAUACCAAAAAGAAAAAGCUCCUUUACACUAACGAUGCCCCCACUUUCCUCGCAUGAAAGAAAACCUUCUUUUUUUUUGUUUUUUUUUAUUUACUUUUUUUUAUUUACCCUCAGGGCAGACUCCUGAAAUAAGAUAGUUUCCUGUCUGUCUUGCGCUACCAUUCGCUUUGUUUGUCCAAACAUCGCCUGCUGCUUCGACGUGGAAGCAGCUUUCUUUCUGAAUAAGUGCGUGGCGUCUUUUUCACUCCCCAUAACAUUGGCUGAGCCAAAGGGGGAGUGCGUAAGAUACCUCUUGCAGCCAAGUACAGGUCGAGCGUUUCCCUGUGCUUCAAAACAGGUCUUGGUGGCCUUGCAGUAUAUUUAUGUGUCGAUCUACAAAGAUCAUAGCGCGCAGAAAAUCUUCCUCAAUUUCCUUUCCUUCCUCGCUUUUACGCUUGAAGAAGAAAAAAAGAAAGAAAGAAAAGCUCCUAUUUCGCAAUAACUAACAUGCUGGAUAUGUUUAAUAACAUAUAUAUACUAGCUUCUACCUUGCAAUGACUCGACGCGAGACUGUCUGUCUGCCUUUUGCCGACAGACAGACAGACAAACAAACAUGAAAAAACAGCAGUUUUAGUCAAUAUUUUGUGCUGCAGCAAAUACAGAGAUGCACAUCGAAGCGAUUGCGCUGAAGACCGCAAUAGCUUCGGUAUCUGACGGUAACCAAACGCAACAAAGGUCAAACCAAUAAGCUAGCGCUUGACAAAAUUUAUUUUAUCCUAAGAAAAAGAAAGAGUGAGCGAAGAGUGCAGGAGGGAUUGCUAUUUGUUGGCGCUUGACUCUGUCCGAAUGCAGACUGUCGGGCACUGAACUGUCCGGUCUACCCAAAGUGUUUGCUGCCAGCUGCGAGAAAAAAAGCAGACGAGACUCUAAUCAAAGAAGAGACGGAGUCUAUCAUGUCAGUGGUGUGACAGCUGAAAGGGUCUACAUAGUGCACAUUGUGCAGCGUUAGCUCCAGUAGCUCCAGGGUUGGUUAUUUCCUUACCUUAUACUUCAACAAGAACGGCAGCCUUCUUCAAACGUGAGGCAAAAGGACGCCCUUGCACAAAUCGUGAAAGCAGAUUUGGUAAGUGGAUAGAUAUAUGCUAACGGGGAACUUGAAGGACGAUUAAGAAAAUGUUUGGUGGAACUGAACAUUUCUGUAAAAGGUUGUGAGUGUACCUGCUCUUGAAGCGACCCAGGUCAAGGAGUCCAUUCCGCGCUCAGCCCAGUCACGUAUGAGCAUAUCGUCAAAACACAUCGUCCGCCAAGACGCUGGGGAAGCACCAAGGAAUCGCUCACGUGUACAAAGCAGCUGCUGCUUAGCGUGCACUAAAUGCGCAUGUAUGUAUAUAUUUACUAGUUGGGCACCGAGCGUGUCUUGAAAAGUGUGACUGCGUUUAUGUAGCUUGCGUCGCUUGACCAAACAGAAGACAGCUCGCAAGAACACUGCGCGUUCACUACACUACGGUAGGAUAGGUGCAAUAUAUUUUUUCUAUGGUGCUCGGUAUCUCACGGCCGCCCAUACACGUAGCGGUCUCUACAUUGCUUUCCUUCUUUAUUUUUUCUUUUUUUUUUAUGCUGUCUCGCUGCUGCAGCUGUGCCGGGAGCAAGGCCAGUCGCAGCAGAGAGCAAAGUUAAACAGCGGCCCACACAUCCCGCCGAAGCCGCUUUUCCCGACGCCCGCGCAGGCUGUUUCAGCAAUGACACGCGUGUGCGCAGCAGCUUCGCUUCCUUGUUUUGCUUUUGCCCCCUGGCUGCGCAAAGCACGCACAAUCACUGUAGCGCGUCAAAUUUCGUCCACUCAUAGGCCAAGCCCCACUUGCAGAUAGCGACCGCUCCCGACCAUGGCCACAUGGGCGCUGCCUGUGCAGCAUAUAGACAUGCUCAUGUCGAGGCAUCGGUCGACGCUUUCCCGAAUCAUAGCAAAGCGACAGAAAAGUCGCGUGCCCAUAACACCCGGUUCGCAACGACCUGCCAUGCCUUGGUCACGCGACCAAGAAGGACGAGACAGACCGCGAAUUUUUUUUUUUUUUUUUUCGGCGUGGCCAUUCGGGCCAGAACCAGCAUCUCGAGCACAAACAAGCGCCUCAAACUGACUCGCGUUGUGCGUAGCUCAUUUGUCACGUGAAGAAAAUGCGAGCUAGAGGCAGUGUCGAGGGAAACGGACAGUUUUCGGCAGCUUUUUGUGCGAGUUAAUCCGCAAGUAAGCACGUCGCUGUUGGCGACGGAAGCGAGAUUUCUCGAAACUUAGGACAGCCUCCUCCUCGAUGCUCUCAAUGAAAACUGGAUGGCCCUGUUCGUGGCAAGACUGAAGAGAGCUAGAUGGGAUACAUUUCCGGUUAACCGGAAAUGUAUCCCGUUCGCCACCCUACCCACAGAAGGGAAAAGAACGGUAUACGAGAAGAAAGGAAAGAGAAGAUAGGAACAGGGGGACGUUCCGCCUAGUUUUGCAACACCGUAGAGCCGAGCUAUAUACGGCAAGCAAAAUGAAAGCGUUCCGCCGUCACGGGUAGAUAUAGCCAAGAGGGGUAAGUAAGCAUUGACACCUGUCUAUAAAUGCUAGGCAUUUCGAGUCGGUUGCGUUCCUGCGUUGUUCCCGUAUGGUGAAAAACUAGGAGUGAGAGCUUCCUGCCCUCGUCCUGUGUGUAGACGUAGUUCAAAUGAGCACGAUCAAACACCGUUCAGCGCCUGAGCGCGUGCACGCUUACACUGGUGCUUGGGGUCUACGUGGCAGAUAUCGCAGGAGCAGCCCAUAGCGUGCUCAUGUUUUCCUUUAGCGAGUGUGAUUCACCUUACUUCGUCUACACAAUUUUAUGUCGGUGCUUGGAACGUUACUAACCGCAAUAUAGUUUUUGUAGUAGAGUGUGAAGCGAACAGGCAGUCGCUUUUUACUGCCUAUGCUAUAUUUACUAGUAAAACGUGACAGCCCUUGGAAGCGUCCCCCUAGCGUGCACAACUGGUUAAGCGGUUGUUGUCCAUGACUACUUAGGGUUGUGCAGGCACCGUUGCGGACGUUAUUUGAGUGCGCGUGUGUUUUCAAUGCUGUAAGAGCUGUGUUUCCCGGGCAAACUUUAUGCACCCUUCGCGAAUGUCCAACCCGAAUUUCUCAAACGAGUGUUUUUCAUGCAGAUCCGAAUAAAUGAACAUGGCCAUGCAUAACGUGCACCAAGAUUAACUAAAUUGAGUGCACUGUUAUUCGCGCUCCUCAAGUUUACCGGUGGUAGUGGCUCAAGCUCGGAUCACCAAAUGAAACGUCAAAGCGUGAGUCAUCUAUCGAUGACCUUCACAAAUUAAAAUAGGUGAACGAUUUAAACACUUAUUCCGCUCCCACCAUUUCCUUUCGCCCUGGGCUUUUUUUUUUUUUUUUUUUUUUUUUUUUAAGCUGGCACUUCGGUCACGCGGUAACGACGCAGGUUGGAAAGUUUCACAGCCUGUCCUAUAACGUUCAAUUUCAAGCGCAAGUAUCUUCAGGACACACUGUGAAUUGCUGACAUUGAAAUGAACAGAGUCCACUGCCAUAAAGUUCUGAUGACCGCGCCCGUUAUAAUACGAUGACUUUUUUUCCUUCGAUUCAAUUCCAUUCUUAUCAUUCGCCAUACUCAAUGGUUGAUCACGACUAUGACGACGCUGCUGUGUUUUUUCAUCCAUUGAUGAAAGCUCAGACGAAUUAAAAUAAAAUGGGGAAUACAAUUCUUACAUUACCUGACCCUGCAGCUUCUAUACGCUUUUUCUCUUUAAAAAAAUAGAAAUUAACAGCCUUCCCUACAACAUUUCAAGAGACAUCGCGGUGCACUGGAUAGAGUAGAGCCGUUUCUGUAAAAAAGUUGUCGUGCGUUGUGGUAACGAUCGGUAAUUAAACAUCACGUUCUGAACAUGUUAUCGACAUGAUGUUUGGAACAUACUUUAACUUUCGGAGUACCGUUCUUGGUUUCAAGUAAUACCUGCAAAGCACAUUUGUCCAAGAACAGUCGACUUACGCCACGUACAAAAGAUCAGCGACCAUCUCAACUGCAGCCAAAUCUUCCGUUUAGUCAACUUUCUUCCAUUUACUUUUGUUUACAACAAAUAAUAACAAUACACUAAAUCCCGCGAAUAAUUGGCAAUCCCCCCCCCCUUUUUUUUUUAUCCUUCACCAGCAUAAAAAUACCCGUGCAGUUAGCUUUUAACAGAUUAUACCGGUGUUUCUUAUUGCGGUGUACUACUGUGUACAUAUCAAAUACGACCGAGACAAAUAAACGCAAAGAAUAAAAUAAGAUUGUGUUUGAAAAUAGGGGUUAAAGAGAACGGUUGAUACUUCUCUUCAGAUGCGAACAAACUGCGCUGCAUUAACUCAACCCCAGACCAGCCGCGAUGCACGUAUAGUGCUCUAAUGCAUGCCGAACAUGAGGCCGUGGGCUCAAUUUCAGGUUGUGGCGGCCACGUCACAGUGAGGGUUGAGCACAGAAACGUACGUGUGCUGAAUUUUGGAGCACUGUAAACAAAACAAACAAACAAACAAGCGGAUGGUUGACAUUGAAGCGGAGCCCCAACAUUGAAGCGCUCGCUCAGAGCCCGAAAUCGGCCUCGACCUCACACUUGUUCACGCGUACGUUAUUUGUCUACGGUAGCCUACGUGCGAAACCGGUAUUUCAUUUUACACACUUCAGUAGAAAAAAAAAACGCGAUCAAGAAAUAAAAAAGAAAAAAAAAGAGCGCCGUUUUAUACGGCUUACCGAAGAAAACAAAGGAAACAACGAAACGAGGAAAAUGAGCCGACACGAUUCUUUCCGGAAGUUUACGCAUGUCGUCUUUCUAUCUGUUGGCAUUUACAUUUUCUUUGUUUUCUAUAAGCGAACUGUGCAUAAAUGAUCUACUGGCACCCCAACGGCGUAAUUUAAUUUCCCACGCCACGCGAAAGAUAUUUCUUAAUUCUUGUUUUGUUUCGCCCCACAUAUUCCCUACGGUUUAAAAAAGAAAAAAAAAACUUCAUUAUUUGGUAUUUCAGAUCCAUAAUAAGGGACCACAUGUAUUACCUCGCCUUUUAAAUUUCGCUGAACGCGUUACUGAUGCAAAGUGUCUCUACAUUUUAUUACUUUCUUUCUUUAUUCUUAUUAUUUAACGAAACUUAUUCCCACGUGAGCUGAAUAAAACCUUGCAACCUUGUAUGCUGACUAUAAAUCACCGAAAGACCAGGUGAAAACAUUUAGCGGGGCAAGCUGGGACUGGGACCAGUAAGUCACACUCGCUUAUGGGGAAAUUCCCAGCUGGGACGAACUGGAAGCAGCUCAGAUCGGUUGACGACAGCAGAAAGCAACUCGUAAAUUGAACACAAACCAGCUCCCGCUAGCUUGCAUUCUCCCAUUGAAAAUGCAUAUGAGCAAAGGAGGACUGACUUGAUGAAGAAGCUGACAAUGGCAGACACAAAUGAAUGUUUAAGUUUAUGAACAACUUCUGUCAAAGGUUUCGAAGUCACUGCGCGAAGAAUCGAGAAGCGCAAGGGCCUCUUGGAAGUUUCCCGGACCAUGCAAUGCUUUUAUUGCGAUAGCAAUUAUAUGGACACUCCAAGGGCAUUUUUGCCGCCGUCGUCGUCGCCGUGAGGUUCCGUAUAAAGUCCGACGGCGAUAAAACCGUCGCCGCGUGCAGUACGCUGUGUGUGCGAGUGAAAACAUGCGAGGGUGAGCCAGCAACCGCAGCUUAAUCUGAGGAAUAUGGCCGGAAGCGCGUGCUCUUCGUUCGCUCGCGGGGCAC